UACCUUUACAUCUUGAUUAGUUCGAGUAUAAUCCUCAUCCAAGACGGUCCGGACUAUUUAUUGAUUCCGAACCGAACAGCUGCAUAUUGCAGAAGUAUAUAUGCAGGGACGGAUCUCGGACAAUAUCCGGAAUCAUGGAUUGGAUGUAUCCACUACCAGUCGGAGUUUAUUUUUUAUAUGUUAUUCAGUUAUUUUUAAGUCAUAGUAAUGCAGAAAUUCCUACAAACUCUGGUGCUGAACAGACACAAAAUUCUAAUGAGGAAACAUUUCCAAGGGAAAUAAGUUUCGAUGUACGCCAAAGUGAUGUUAUAGAAACUUUAGAUCUCAAAAGAAAUCCAAAUAUUGAUAUUAAUGUGCCAAUGUGCUCUCUAGAAACUGGUAUUGUGAUAUGUGAACUUGGUACCAGUAAAGAUGUAGCGUUUUACCAAUCAAAAGAUCAGACUGGUGCUUUCUCUUUAAAAAUAAGUAAAGAUAAUCAUACAGAAUUGGAUGGUUAUAUGGUAACCAACAAUACGGCAUAUGUAUUGGAGCCAUCAGGAAAACUUGCCAAUACAUUUAAAAAUAAUUCUCAUUAUUUACGUAAGAGAAGUGCUGGUAUUACUUCAAAUCGCCACCGGUCGUUCUUCAACCAGUAUCUAGGACAUAACAUGGUCCAUUUAUCGAGACGCCAAGUUGAUCCGCGCGAUAACUAUAUCACAGACAGUGACUUUGACAUGCCAUCAACCUUUACUGUAGAAGUACUUAUACUCAUUGAUCAUAGUUUAUACAAAAAAUUCUACAAAAAGCAUGGUAACGAUGACGAUACUAUGACGAAAUUAAGAUAUUAUUUUACGCAUGUUGUUAAUGGAAUAGAUUUACGUUUUUCAUCAAUUAAUAAUACUGAUUUUCAUAUAAAAGUUAAACUGGCGGGAUUUUUUGUUGCAAAGAAUCCAACCGAUAUGCCUUUUGUAUUAACUUAUUCCCAGGGACAGGAUAAGCGAUCAAAAGUGGAUGGUAGUACGACAUUGUUAGGAUUGACAAACUUUCUAAAAAAAUCAACAAAUUUACCAAAACACGACCACGCCAUGUUCUUUACAGAACACGAUGCUACAAAUGGUAGAGGAUACAUAUUAGGAACGAGCUACUUAAGUGGGAUAUGUACCUCUAUGAGUACAUCUGUUAUUGUUGACCACGGAUCAUAUAAUUCAGGGGGAAUCGCAGCGCACGAGCUUGGACACAAUCUUGGCGUUAUACAUCACGACGGCGACAGUGUACCAGAAGCAGCUAAUUGUCCUAGUGCCAUGAAUUAUAUAAUGGCACCAUCGUCAGCCAUAAUCAACAGAAAAACAGUGGAAUACAGUUUCAAAUUUUCAGAUUGUUCAAUUUACCAGAUGAAACAGCAGGUCAAAAAAAUGAGAGAACUACACAACAAUUGCCUAGGAGAAGAUAGCAGUGGGUCUUCAGUGACAAAUGGAGUGGUAAAACCGUUUUUAUCGGUUCCACCUGGACAAAUAAUGAAUGUUCACGGACAAUGUCAGGAAAUAUAUGGAAAUACUUCUUUUAUGUGUCCUCCUUCGACAAUAGAUGAAAUGUGCUACAAAAUGUAUUGCUUUGAUCCAGUAAAAGGAAUUUGUAUCACAGCUAGCGAACAACGAGCUGCAAUGGGAACUUCUUGUGGUGAUAAAAAGUGGUGCAUGUUGGGAAAAUGUAUAUUUGACGAGUCUGCACCUUCUGCGCCAGACAAUUGCCCCUUCCCAGAUGUACCUCCACCUAAAGCGAAUUGUGAACAAGAUGCCUCCCCAUUCCAGUGCCAAGAUUCUAUAUUCAAGAAACGAUGUUGUCAGUCUUGCAGUAAAAAUUUUACAGAAGAAGACUACUGCACGGAUACAAAGAUCCUGAUUAAUGGAUUGUCUUGCCUGGAAUUUAUAACCAAAUAUGGGACAUAUAUCUGUCAUGUGGAUCCAAGCAUUAAGGACUUUUGCUGCCGCAGCUGUCAUACCCUUGAACAAAACAUCCCAACGACAUACUCUCCAUAUACAACGAAUACGGAUUGCACUGAUAAUACGUAUGUUAGAAUCAAUGGCCUUCACUGUACAGAGUUUGUAGCCCAGAAUGGAAAGAGCGAAUGUGUCCGUCCACUGGUGGCUAAACAUUGUUGCCGUAGUUGCUACUACUGACGAAAUUCAGUAAAUUUAAAGAACAAGGAUAACCCGUAAAUCGAAAUAGUUCAAUAAAUGUUACAGAUGGGAAAUGCAAGCUUAUGACACGGGAUUUAUCUAGCAUAGAGGUUCAGAGUUCAUUUAUAACUAAAUUUCUUUAAAGUGAAAAGCUUUCGAUGAAAUCUUUCUAUUAGUGUCAUGCUUCGAUUAAGGCUUACGUAUGUAAUACAUCGUUGUGCUGUUCUGGUAGUGCAUCGGAAGGUAAAUGAUAUUCUGAUCAGUUAUACAUGUUAUAGUAAUUCGUCUGAAUGGACAUUUGAAAAUUGCGGCGACGUAAAAUUACUGAAAAUAAUUCACAAAACGUGGACAUAAAUGGCUUCUUCCAUCAGAGACGCCUACCUGUCGCUGGUAUUGCCAGUUCUGAUAUUGUGCGAAUGAGUGUGUCUAGUAUGUUGCUAUCUGUGAUAAUAAUUCAACUUUCUUUGAACUUAGUGAAUACUUUACGUAAAUUUCAACACAAAAACUAAUUAAUGUGUUGUAAAUUAUGUACAUGAAGUAUGGUAGUAUGAUAUAAAAAAAACAAUUGAAAUCCAUUUUGGACUUUAAUGAU